UCCCACAACCUUCCUUGCUUACACGUGGAACCAAAUGUGUCACCCCUCUUAUAAAUAAAACCCCUUUUUCUUCUUUCAUUUCAUGCAUUUUUUUCUUAUUCUUAUCACUUAUAAACAUAACAUCUUCACUUGGGUAUAUGGAAGGUGGUGGAAUGGGUGUUGGGAGGGUGAUAACCGACUGGAGUGAGAUUCCGGUGGAGCUUUUGAUGCGGGUUGUGUCGUCGUUGGAUGAUCGGACGGUUGUAGUUGCUUCUUGUGUUUGUUGUGGAUGGAGAGAUGCUAUUUGUUGGGGACUUACUCGUAUUUCCUUUUCUUGGUGUAAAAACAACAUGAACAACUUGGUGCUUUCUAUGGCUCCCAAGUUUAGAAAUUUAACGGGUUUAGUCCUUCGUCAAGAUAAACCGCAGUUAGUUGACAAUGUGGUUGAAACCAUUGCAAAUAGCUGUCAUGAUCUUGAAGAUCUUGACCUUAGCAAGAGCUUUAAGCUUAGUGAUCGAUCGUUAUAUGCUUUGGCACAUGGUUGUCAAAAGCUUAUUAAGCUCAAUAUCAGCGGAUGCUCUUCGUUUAGCGACGACGCUCUUGCAUAUCUAAGUAGUUAUUGCAGACAAUUGAAAGUUUUGAAUCUUUGUGGAUGCGUAAGAGCUGCAUCUGAUAAGGCAUUGAAGGCAAUCGGAUACAACUGUAGUCAACUUCAGUCAUUGAACCUAGGAUGGUGCGAGGAAGUUGGUGACGCUGGAGUAACGAGUUUAGCGUAUGGCUGUCACGAUCUGCGUGCACUCGACUUAUGUGGUUGCGUUCUUAUAACAGAUGAGAGUGUGAUAGCUUUAGCAAACAAUUGCCUGCAUCUAAGAUCUUUGGAUCUUUACUACUGUCGAAACAUCACGGACCGAGCGAUUUACGCAUUGGCACAUAUUCGAGUGAAAAACAAGAACCAAAUGUGGGAUGGGGUUAAAACCGGGGAUGAGGAUGAAGACGGGCUCAUGAGUCUCAACAUUAGUCAAUGCACUGCUUUAACACCGCCAGCGGUUCAGGCUCUAUGUGAUUCAUUUCCAGCGCUUCAUACGUGCCCGGGUAGGCAUUCACUUAUCAUAAGUGGUUGUUUGAAUUUAACUUCGGUUCGUUGCGCGUGUGCUUUCCAAGCGCAUCAGGAGGUUAACACACUUGCUCAUCAUGCUUAUUGAAAAUCGGGGGCGGUCAAGUGGUUAGAUCGGUUUGGUUCAUGUUUUGAGUUUAAUCAUUGUACAUAUGUUGAAUUAUCUAGUUUAAUGUUUUGGACAUUGAUAUUACAAUAGAAGUGUUUGAACA